CCGGUCCCCCGGCGCGGAGAGGAGCGGCUGGGCGUCGCGCCGUGCCAGGCCGGGCCGGGCCGGGCCGAGCCGUGUCAAGCCGGGGCGAUGCUGGGCGUGCGGCUCCUGGCGUGCUGCCUGCUGCUGGGCGGCCGCAGCCUGCCGCGGGGCGACGCCGCCCUCAGCCGCGACGAGCUGCCCUCCCUUCGGAAUAAAGGGAUAUUUAUUAUCCAAAGUUCAGACUCCAACUUGUGCAUCAAAGUGGACACAGCUGGACUGGUUCUGGAAGACUGCAGUCAGCUCUCCAAACACAUGCUAUGGAAAUGGGUAUCCAACCGUCGUCUUUUCAACAUAGGCAGAAGUACCUGUCUAGGACUGAACAUCAGUAGACCAGAACAGCCAUUGACUAUGCUUGAAUGUGAUUCAGAUCAGUACUCAUUAUGGUGGAAUUGUGAUGGCAGAGCGCUGGUUGGUGUAGCAGAGUACAAAUUAGCUGUUGAAAACAGCAAACAUAUUGUAGCCAAAAAAGAAUCUGAUUAUCAAUGGAUACAGUACAUGUCCUACGAUGAAGACCUGUGUGAACAUCCUUUCCAAGAAACAUACACCUUGCUGGGAAAUUCCUUUGGUUUCCCAUGUGUUUUUCCAUUUAAGUAUAACAACAAGUGGUAUUACGAAUGUACCAGAGAUGGAAGGGAGUUUGAGUGGUGUGCCACGACAAGUCACUAUGAACAAGUUCAAAAAUGGGGGUUUUGCCCUAGUGCUGAGCAUGGCUGCGGCAUGUUUUGGAAGGAGAACCCGGCCACGCAUACGUGCUACCAGUUCAACCCGUCAGCUGUGCUGUCAUGGCACGAGGCGCGGGCAGUCUGCCAGGCACAGGGAGGAGACCUGCUCAGCAUCACCAGCCCCGAGGAGCAGAGCUACCUCAGCAACCUGAGCCGACAGUUAAAUGCAACAGAUACUGUGCUGUGGACAGGCCUGAAUCGACUGGAGGAAGGUGCUGGCUGGCAGUGGUCGGAUGGAGCGCCGCUGGUGUUUGUCAACUGGGGAGCAAAUGUUUCCGAGGACCGUUCUAGUGAAAAUCAUUGUGCAGUGAUGAGUUCAAAAUUGAAAUAUGGCUGGAAAAGUUACUUAUGUGAAUCUGCAUUGCCUUAUGUAUGCAAGAAAUAUUUAAAUGAGACAGAGGAUGAAACACUGGAUACAUGGAAGUAUUAUGCCACUCGUUGUGAUGCUGGCUGGUACCCCUACAAUCGCAACUGCUACAGACUUCAUAAAGAGGAGAAGAGCUGGAACGAUGCUUUGAUCUCAUGCCAAAGUGACAGCAGCGGGCUCAUUAGUAUAUCCUCCAUGGCAGAUGCAGAGCUGUUGCAUAACUUGCUUCAGCGUGAAAAUGUAACUGAAACGUGGAUUGGAUUAUAUAGUAGUAACAUCCCCGUUGUUUUUGAGUGGUCAGAUGGCACCCCAGUGAAGUUCUCCAACUGGCACAGCCAAGAACCUAAUACCUUUCAAAGAAAAGGACAGCUGUGUGUUUCAGCACAAGGACCUAAAGGACAUUGGAAAGUUAAAAAAUGUGAAGACAAGUAUUUCUACAUUUGUAAAAAAGCAGGAGAAUUUAACAGUGUUUCUUCUGACGUAGAAUCGAGUUGUCUAGAGGGAUGGGAAAGACAUGGUGGAUAUUGUUACAAAAUCGACAGUACCCCUCGAAGUUUUGAACAUGCUUCCAGUGGUUAUUUCUGCCCAUCUGCACUUGUAUCAGUUACAAACAGGUUUGAGCAAGCUUUUAUUACCAGCAUGAUCCGUAGCAUGGUAAAAUCUGAGAGAACUUAUUUUUGGAUAGGACUGCAAGACCUUAACAACACAGGAGAAUACUUUUGGCUAAUGACAGAUGGGAAGAAUCGCUCUGUAAGCUACACAAACUGGAACAAGCACCAGCCACGUCGUUCUGGAGGAUGCGUAGCAAUGCGAGGGCAGGACCCUGUUGGUUACUGGGAGGUAAAAAGCUGUAAGAACUUCAAAGCAAUGUCACUGUGCAAGCAAAAAAUCAAUUCUUACGAAGAACCUGAACUUACUUUUCAAAGACACUUGAGUUCCUGCUACUUUGGAUGGGAAUCAGAAGGCAAUCUACUCAACUGCUACAAGAUAUUUCACAGAGAGAAAGUUCUGAUGAAAAGAACGUGGAGUGAAGCAGAAACGUUAUGCCAAGAUUUUGGAGCGCAUCUUGCCAGUUUUUCCCAUGUCUAUGAAGAGACUUUUUUAAACAAUUUAUUAUAUACAAUUUUUGAUAGGACAGAAGACAGACAGUUCUGGAUUGGAUUUAAUAAAAGAAACCCAUUUUCUGGAGGGACGUGGCAGUGGUCUGACACAACACCUGUUGUAUCUUCAUUUCUGGAGAGCAAGUAUGUUGAAGAUGACUCGAGAAACUGUGGUGUAUUCAAAGUAAAUAGAACAGUUUUUCCAGCAAACUGCAAUGAAAAGCGUGAAUGGAUAUGCAAAAUACCAAAAGGUGUUAAACCAAAGAAUCCAGAUUGGUACAUAGCUGAACUGCCAUGGUCAUAUUACCAAGGAGCAGAGUAUCUUUUUCAUGUAAAUCCUACGGACUGGGACACCUAUGAGUUCAUCUGUGGUUGGCUUCGUAGUGAAAUGGCAACAAUAAAUUCUGCUGGUGAACAAGCAUUUAUUGAAAAUAAAAUUAAGAAGCUGUCGGAUAGUGAUGUUCACUGGUGGAUUGGAUUGCACGCAGAAAACAUCAGCAAUGAAUUUCGCUGGAGGGAUGAAUCACUAGUAACAUACCAGAAUUGGAAUGAGGGGAGAGAUCGAUAUCUGCAUAAACCGGGGAGAAGAUGUGGCUUCAUUUCAUCACAAACAGGACUCUGGAGUGAUGAAAACUGUACUGUUUCUCUUCCCUGUAUUUGUAAACGUAAAAAUGCAUGGAAAAUAGAGAAAGAGAUUCCAAAAGACCAGAACCCACAAGGAACGUGUCCCAAGGGCUGGCUGCACUUCGGAUUUAAAUGCUUUUUGAUACAAAUUCCAAAGGAUCCGGAGCACAUGAGGAGCUGGUACUCUGCACAAACAUUCUGCAGUAGAUAUGAUGGGUCCCUUGCUUCCCUUGAAGAUGAACUGGAACAAGCUUUCAUAACAAUGAAUCUAUUUGGUCGCAAAACUAGUGUUUGGAUAGGUUUCCAGGGCGACGAUUAUGAAAAAUGGAUGAAUGAAAAUCCUCCAAGGUAUUCCAACUGGUCACCAAUUGAAGCAGCGCAUAGACCGCGUUAUAACACUGUCUACAUUGAAGAACAAGUUCCACUUUGUACACUGGUAUCAAAUAACCCUAAUUUUUAUUUUACGGGAAAAUGGUACUUAGAAAACUGUGAGAAAAAUUAUGGGUUUGUCUGCCAAAAAAGGCAGGACACAUCCAGACAUAUCAUCAAUGCAUCUGAAAUGUACCCUGUGCCGGAUACUUUACAGUAUGCAAACAGAACAUAUAACCUAAUACGUGGGAAUUUUACAUGGUCUGCAGCUUUAAAAACCUGCAUGGCAAAUGGAGCUGAGCUGGUCAGCAUUGCAGAUCAGUACCACCAGGCUUUCCUCACAAUCAUUGUGAAUCGGCUGGGAUACAACCACUGGAUUGGGCUGUUCACUGCAGAUAAUGGGCUUAACUUUGAAUGGUCAGAUGGGACGAGAUCCUUGUUUACCUUCUGGGAAGAUGAUGAGUCCCAGGCCUUGGGCAGCUGUGUUUAUAUGGAUACCUCGGGGCACUGGAAGAGUACAAGCUGUGAACGACUUCUGCCGGGAGCAGUCUGCCAUGUGCCGCCUAAGAAGAAACUCAUUGAGUAUAAAGGCUUAUGUUCAGAAAAAAACGUUCCCUGGAUCAAAUUCAAAAACAGUUGCUACAGCUUUAACAGCGUUCUGCAGGGCACAAGUUUUGAUACUGCAUAUGAAGUCUGCAGAAAUCAAGGAUCUAAUCUUCUAACUAUUGAAGAUGAAGAUGAAAAUGCCUUCAUUCUGGAGCAGUUGCACAGUUUUGGUUAUUCUGUGAAAAUGGUUUGGUUGAACAUCCUGCAUGUUACAGACAAUGAAACGGUCUCCUGGUUUGAUGGCUCUCCUUUAAAUUAUUCGAACUGGGGCAUCAGGGAGCCUGAAUUUGAUCAUCUCAAAGGGAAUUUCUGUAUCAGCCUGAGGACUGUGGAUGGUGUAUGGCAAAUAUCUCCAUGCAGAGAAAUAAAGGGAUUUGUAUGCAAAAAGGAUGCAGAUCUUGAUACAACAGAACCCUCUGAAAAACCAUCAAACCCUGGACUUGCUGCUCUGGCUGUUCUUGUAACGCUGGUGAUGUUGGCUGCCAUUUCCAUUUUUCUGUGGUGCCUGUACAAACAGAACAACAGACUCUUCCACAGAAUACUGUGGGUCAGAAAUGCCUAUUUUCCACAGAUUAAUUCUGAUGUUCCUGCUCUGGAAGAAAGUAUUCUCAUUUCAGAUUUUGAGAGAGAUGAAAAUUAAUCAGUGGGGAGAUCCAGGCGGUCAAGUAUUCAGUGUUAAAUUCCGUGUCCUACAGUGUUUUUGUUUCCGUGAGCCAGUUGCAGCCCAAGACCAACUCAUCCUCUUAGCUGGUCAUGAGGAUGCCUGCAUGGUGCUGGAAGAGUGGAGAAAGCAGUGAAGCAGCAGCCGCUGCUCUUUCCCUCCUUGUGAAUUUGUUGGAGCAAAAUUUCCUAAAGGUUUUCAUAGUGAGUGGUGAGGAGUUGAGCACCAGAUACACCUGCUCUCACAGGCACCAAACCCAAGCUUCCUCGAUGGCAGAAGGUCUGUGCUCCUUUCUCAGGAGACUCAGGGCACGUGCUUCUGGAGGAGUCCUUGCACUUGGGUUGGAUUUUGCAGGGGCUGCUGCGCUCGGACCUCUUACACUUUGUAGCAGAAUUUGGUGCGGAGGUACAGAGCCAUGGAGAACUCAGCUUCUUUGGGAAAAGCUGCGAACUAAAGAUGUUCCCAUACCAUAAAUCUCAAACCACUCACAUGGAGCAAUCACGUGUGAGCCCCUGAGCAGAGGACAUUCCCAUGCAGCUUCUUCCUUGGGGAAUGUUUGGGCUUUUGUGCUUUUAUUUUCAUAUCGAAAAAGCUGCUCAUGAUCCAGGGUUAAAACUUGUCCUUGAAUUUAGGAACUCUGAAACCUACUCCAGGGAUUAUGGGGUAGUUCUUUCUAGUACCCCUUCCAGCCAUAGAAUGAAGAGUUAUUUUUCAUAUAGUGGAUUCUGGCAGAUGGAUUUCCAAGUUUGCGGAGAUGAAGUUGCUUUUGAUUGGGAGUGUCAGUGUUGCCAUGAUGGCUAGUUUACAUUAUAAAAUACAUUAGAUGAGAAAUACAAUAGCAUAUGGAUAUUGUCAUCCUGAAGUUAAUAUAUUCAGUAGAGAUACUUCUGGUGCCCUUCUAGAGAACUACAUGAUCUCUCACCUCGGUUAUUUCAGAAACUGAAUCCAAUCAGCCUCUUUUAAAGAAACUUGAGAGCAAUAGCUGUUUGAAGAAAAAGAUUACUAUAAAUCUUGUUAAUGUUACGAUAAUAAAUUGCUUUACUGUUCACUUACAUAAAUACUGCUUGCAGUAACAGUGUAUGUUCUUCUGAGACCUUGCUCUCUGCAUGUAAGGAUGAUACAAGGGAGAGCCGUACUUGCAGUUCCCAAAGGGUGCUGCCCUCCCUACUCAGAAUCCUGUAAUCCCAUGUAACACACCCUUAAGGGCGGCAUUUCACUUUCACUGGUCAUACCAAGGUGCUAAUGAAGGACUAAUCUUUCACUGGCCAGUUGUUCCCCUGGCUGCUGGCUGUGCAAGACCCAAGUUCAGGUCACAGUGCUCCACGGUGGACGUGUUCUAUGGAUUCCCACCACUCUACCCAGUCCUCCAGCUAUUCCUGUGAAAAUAUCUAAACCUUUUAUGGAGGCCUUUUUAAGUUGUUAUUUCUAUUGUAGAGUGAAAAAUAAAUGACAACAAAUUGUUGAUGACAAAGAGUUACCUGAGUAUGGAAUUACUGUACCAUCAGUCAUCUCUAAAAGCUGCUGUGAAGGGCUGUGCAUAUUGUUGGGUUGGUUGGUUUGUUAUGAGAUGACUCAUUCUAAAAAAUUGUGCAGGAGCCCUAAAAUGGAGAUAGAUUCGUGAAAAUUCAGCAAGCAGCCGAGGCCAAAUGCAAUGUUUUUAUUUGUGCACAUACAGAGGAAUGUAUGACUUCUUUCCACUUAGAUUUCACAUAGCCAGUUCUUUAGACAUGGCAAAAAAAAAAAAAAGCCUUUUUUGUCAUAAUUAUGUAUAGGGUUAUUUUUUUCUUAAUUAUUUAGUACCUAGAAUAUUUCAGUACUGGUUUACAGGAUGCAGAAAUGUGGUCAAAGAGACUGUAGAUGCAUAUUAUCAGUAUAUCACAAAAAAAAAGUGACCAACUCUCUGUUCCCCAUGAGAAUUUCACCUGUUUAAAUUUCAGCUGGAGGAACCUGAACCAACAUCUCCCAUUCAUAACAUUCACUGACAAAUGUACACACUGCUUCCUUGCAGCAUGGUGACUUGAAGGAUGCUUUUUGCUUGCAGGAGUAAAAUGCGUUGUCUCAGAGGGCGUGCAUUUAUCAGGCUAUUAUGCUGUUGUGCUGACACAUUUUGAUGUUGUUAAUGAAGGUAUAUAUAUAAUAUAUAUAUAUUUUUUUUUUUCAAAAAAACCAUCAGGGACAUUUUAUCAAUUUUCCUUGAAGUAAGUAUGUUGUAAUCAUUUUUAAUAUAUUCAAAGGGCAAUUGUAUAAUAACCCUAACCUCAGAAUAGAGAUUGUUGAUUAACAUUGACUGUGCCACAGAUGAUCUUGGAUUAAGGGAAAAGUAGUUCAAGCCAUAUUUUCUGCAUGCAUUGAAACUGAUCUGAGGAAACAGUCUCGUAAGUACUUAUUUUUAAAAUCUUUUGUUGUUUAACUUUUCUAAUCACAGAUGUUAUUCACUUAAGGAUGUAAUUGCUGAUUGCUUUCUGUUCCUUAUUCUAAAGAUACGAAAAAUCUUACAGUGAGAACCAUUGUUCACUGGAAUAACAUCCUUGGGAAUGUGAAAAUUCACAUCACCAGAGGUUUUCAAGAUGCAGUUGGACAUGGUGUUAGGCAGUCUCAUCCAGGCUUCCUUUUCCUGUGAAAGAUUGAAUGUGAUGACCUUUGAGGUCCCUUCCACUUGGGCUGUUCUAUGAUCCUAUGGACUUUACCUUAGCUUUCAUUUGUUUUUCUGUAACCCAAGAUCCCCUAUCCCAUUCCUGGUCAGAGUACUUGCUGACUACAUUUCCAUGGGUGAGGUUCACUGUAUUACUUCAACUUGAAAAUUAAAGUGUGAAUAAUAACUUUCUGGGCUGCAGUUUUUCUUUUGCCAGCUUUAGUGUCUCCUAGCAGCAGCUCCUAGGCUUUGCCCCAGGUUACAGUGGUAUGAGAGGGACAGCUUGCAGCAGGCUGCUUUCUGCCUGCUACAGCUCUCCUCCACUCCUCCCUUCUCCCCUCCCCAGCCUUUGCAUGCAUGCACACACUUCUGUGUCUGGCUCAGGAUGAGAGGCCAUGAGGCUGCUUUAGAUCUGUGCACCUCGGUCCAGAGGGAGUGUAGGGAAGAAAUGCUUUUUUGUACUGCAUGUGCGACUCAACCUGCUCUGGUUCCCAGGGCACCGCUGCACAAAUUUCCAUUUAAGUUAGACCCCCCUACAUUUUUCUUUCAUCACGCUACCCCUCCUUUAGUGCAGUAACAGGCAUCCUCAGUCUCAUAAUAGUAAACCCACUGUAAUGAAAUUGUGGCAUACCCUUCCUGCAGACCAUUUAAUAUAUAAGCAGGAUUUUUUUGGUGAAAAGCUGAAUUGCACACAUUUGGCAACUACGUUCAAAAUCCUCAGCUCUAAAAAAAAAAGCCCUCUUCUUGAGCUAUAAUAAUAUUUCCUUUGGUAAUCAGUGGAAUGUUGAUUUUAAAACCCUGAGGACCAGUGCUGACCUCUCACAAUCUGAUGCAGUCCUUGUGGAAGUCACUGGCGGGAGCAGUUAACUGUGCUGACAUGGUUUGAGUUAACACUGAGCUUUGUGCUCGGAAACGCAAUCCCAGCCUGGCCAGUAGAUGGUGCACGCAGAGCUGACAAAAUGACAAAGUGAGCCCUCUGCAAAUCUCAGGGAUCUGCUACGGAUCCUUCUGAAGUUUAGAUAAAUGUGCAGCAGAACUCCCAGCCCUCUGCAGAUGUCAGCAUCCCUUAAACCUGGCUGCUACAUUACACAGCUGUCUUAUGAUGGCUUCUCAAGUCUCAAAGCUUGUUCUCCGAACGCAUCAAAAUUCUGCACAUUCAAACCUUAAGAGCUGCUGAUCUCUUUCUAUCUCCAUUAUUUCUUUGCAGGAUGACUGUGAUUUGGAUUCUGAUCCUAGAAGCUGGAGUGCUUGAAGGUAGCGCCAUGGUAAUUUAUACCCUAACUCUGAACUGCAAUCAUUUCUGGAAGCACAGGGAUGGACAAUAGUGAGAAUUCUGCUGCUGUUUCCAUCUCUGCUGAGAAGUACCGGGAAAGCCCUUGCUGGGAGCCGAGAGCAGGCACGCACAGAGCUGAAGGAAGGACUGACUCCUACCUCGUCAGCAGCUUUGUGCUGCACAGCUUCACUGACGCUUGGUGUGGGACUGCAUCCCAGAGCUUGAUGCUUCCAGCUUCAUUCAGGUGUGUAAGCACAAUCCCUAACACUGUGUGCUGCUGAUGAGCUGGGGGAUGUAAUAACUCACAUCAAGUAAAAUAACAUUCCCAGUUACGUACAGCUUAGUUUGUUACAGUCCUGCAACAGGCUGCAAAUAGUUCUGCUUUACCUGCAUUUGUUUCUCUAAGGAAGUUUUUGCUGAUUCUUGUAUGCUUACCUGUUACCUACCUUAAACCUGGCGCCUACCUGCUUACGUGACCUAACGUUGUACUUUCUAGUAUUUAAAAUUCUGCAGUAUCAAAAGGUCUGAGAGAAGGUAAAGUUGCUACUGCUGCAUAUUGUGUCCUGGGGAUUGUUAAGAGGCAAACUGAAUGACUUUAAAAAUUAUUUCAAAAGCAAAUACUGAAGAUGGAGCUCUAUGUGUGGGACAAUGCAGCUAUAACAUCUGUAACAUCUGUGCCUUGCAAUUAAAGGUGAAAACGCACUGGAGCAUCCUGCAGACUUUCCGUCUGGAGAGAACAAAUCAGUAGAGUGCUUACCGAAACCUCAGCUACCUUUCUUUUAAAAUAUAUGUAGAAUAAAUAGGAGAGAAGCUUUUCUCCCCACACAGUGCCCAACGCAGCCGCUGAGGCGUUGGCUUUGUCACCACACGCUGCCGGGGUGCCCAGCCCAGGCGCACAGCCCUCAGCAGCGCAGGCCCUCGGGUAUGCCAAGAGGAAGAAUGCGGUGUGGGCUCCAUCCUCCUGUCCUAUACCAUCCAUGGCCCUCCAGAGCAAGUCUGGUUGAUGAUUUGGACUUCAACUACUUGUAUUUGCACCUAAAGCUGCUCUGUUCUUAGGAAGAGCGUAGAGUGGACACUAGGUCUCAGCUGUGCUUAUGGAUUGCUCUUCCACUUGGCCUAGUACAACUCCGAGCCUGAUGUGGGGAGACAUGAGAGAAAGAACUGACCUCUGGUGAAAGCAGAAGCAUAAGGGGAACAGGGAUCAGUUAUUGCUGCUAGCUGGGACAACUAGAGCAAGGAGGAGCCAGCUGGAGGCAUGGCAGGAAAUACAAGAGAACCACGGGGAGGGCUGGGCUGAACAACAGGCACUCAGCAGAGUGCUAAGGGCACUUGCCCCUACUGUGCACUGCUAAAUUUGAUAACUGUUAUUUGGAAAUGAAUCCAAGACUGCUGCUGGGGAAUAGAUUCAGUACGCUGCUGGAUGUCCCUUUCAGCUCAUUUGGGUAAAUAUGACUAAUCCUGACCUGAAAAUACUGGUGCGUGUGACUGCAGAUUCCUCAUCCCGCUUCCUUCAGGCCAGAAUUUAGGAUCUCCGAGAACACAAAUUUCAUGCAGCUGGGGCAUGGGGAACACCUCUGGUUAAAUCUGUGGUUUGCUUUGCGAUAGAAAGGGCCAGUUCUGAAAUGAGCACAGCUGAAUCAUCCCACUGAACUACUGCAGCAGCACUGGGGGAUAAGUGCAAAGCCUGCCCUGGGUACCCAAAAUCCAUGUGUAGGAUGGAGGAAGUGAGUGGCAUUUUGCUCACUGGGAGUGAAUGGCUUAAUAAAGCAAAAGCCCAGAACCAGUAAAUGAGGAGCACAUAAAUAACGGGAUAUGUGCAAACAAUAAUUUUUUUUAUUUUGCUUUUGUUUAUUUUACUUUGUUUUGUUUUGUUUUCCCAGAUUAGUCACAGACCCCGGAGCUGGGAUGCCUGAUGAUCAAUGUAACACUGGAAAAAAAAAAAAAAAAAAAAAAAGACCCAUGUGUCAUCUCCCAAAACCAAAGAGUUCUCGUGGCUAUAAAAGCGGAAUGUGGAACUAAAGGUUAAAGAUAAAUGCAGAGUUUAACAAAUACGGCUACUGUUGCCAUAAGGACUCACUUCUGAAGGCAGAGGUUGGAUCAUUCUGUUUUGGAGCAGAACCCCCUCAGAUCAACAGAAAGAAGCAAACAACAAGUUCCAUUUGGGAGUGCCUGCUGACUUGUUCUCCCAGUAGGAGCUGUCAUCCUGUUCAAGAUGUCACUGGUGGACCAUAUCAACCGGAUCACUCUCAUCUACAUGCUUGCUGACCUCAUCAAAAAAGCACUCAAGAAGCCCGGAAGGUAAAUACUAAGUUUAGAGAUUAUGUGUUGAUGCUGCCCAAACAGAUCCUAUUUAUCCAGAUGCACGCUAAUUCUAGCCCUUAUUGCCAUUUCUGCAGCUUUGUCUGGAUCAAAGGCUUGGUGGCCUUCAGCAUCACGCACUUUGUCCCUCCUUUUUGCCUCCAUUUUAGAAACUGGUGUCACGCUGCUGCUGCUCUUCACACUCAGAGAAAGCUUGAAGAGGAAGUUUAUGAGCUGCCAUUAGCAGAUCUGCAGCUACUUACCUGCGGUCCCUUAGGAAGCUCAGGUGCCUAGCAUAGCUCCUGGGGAUUUCUGCCCCACGUUUUAGGUUACAGCUGUUCCCAAUCAGCUCAGGCUCAGAAAGAAGUUCAAGUAGGGAAUCACCUGCUUAUUGCAGUGAGUGCAUGCAUAUACAUGUGUUUUUCUCCACAAAUGUUUUGGCCUCUCUUCUCUUUUACUUGGCAGAUGUCUUUGGUCCAUCAGACUCCAGUGGUGUUGAUGUGUCUGAAAAGGACUUAAUGUUAGCUCUGAUUUCUCUUGCUAGCUGCUUUUCACACUUUUUAUUGCUCUGUCACUGUGUUUUCUUUUUAACGUCUCAGUUUGUGACUCUUUCUGGCCUUUGGUUUUUCAGUUGGAGAUGAAUUCAACUUCUUGUUUCUGAUAGACUGUCUUGUGGUGACACUAUCCUGUGUCUGCUUCCUUUUAGCGCUUCUCAAGACGUUAGCAGCUGUGCUGUGUAUUCAUACCAUUUCGAGCUGUUCCUUUCUGUUUCCUUUUCACAAGUUUUGUCAUGUCUGUGUCUCUGUUCUUUUUGAAACUGGGUGUAGCUGCUGUAAUGCUUGGACUUUGUUAAACCUGGGGAAUUCUGAAUGUAAGCACUGGAACAGCAACCCAUCCAUAGGCGGAAGAUCUAGUAUAAGAUCUUGCACGCUAAUGAAGACCAAAUGAGAGACUCUUCCGUGACUUCCUUGUCCGACUGCUCUGUGAAAUUAUAUUUGUUGUGUCAGUGGUGGUUACCCAAAGUACAGUUUCUGCAGGUUCAGCACUAUGUACACUUAAAGCUAGCAUUUCAGUCCACGCAGAGCCCCAGUCACCCAGUGGGCUCCUACUACAUUCUUUUGAUUUCAGCCGUCACUAGCAAAUUUCCCUACCUUAUGCCAGCCAAGGUGACUCUUACCUUUUCAGUUUAUUUUAUGUCCUGGUACUGUGAUGUCCAGCGUGCUUGGUAUGCCACUAUUUUCAUCUAAGAUGAGACAUUUUAUUUCCCUCAAUUUAUUCCCUGUAUUUUUAGUACUUUGGUUGUUGCUGGUGUUGUUUCCUUCCUCACCUAUUUGAAAGGCACUCUGCCCAUUUUCCGCUCACUAUUUCGGCUCUCUAGCCUAUUCUGCACUCAACAAAAGCAGAAUUUCUGUGCCUUUGCUCAUGGCAAAUUGCUGCUUCACACAGGCUGUUCUUCAGUUUAUAGCUCAGUCACAUUCUUCCUGACUUUAAGUGCCAAGCAGGGUAGCCCCCAGUAAGUCCAUCCUUUCCACACAAGUUCUUUUAAUCCCAGAUGUGUUCCACAUCAAUCUGAAACGUUGCUCUUUUUACCAUCCUCUCAGUGGCACUUUGAAAAUUUGCUUCUUGCUAGUCACACAGGGCACUGGGGAUAGCACUGCUGGAGAAGGGUUCAUCCACGCUGUCCUCCAACAAGGUGAAUUUGCCUCCAGAAAGGCAUGAGAGAAGAUAAACCACGACUUCCUUCCCCUUUUAGGGAAUUGAGUCCCUUCCUCUUUUAGAGAACUGACCUGCUUUGCAUGGUUAAGGACAAAAAAGAUCCCUACCUGUCUUUCAUUUAAUUUCAAAAGCCCUUCCACCCAAAUGAGUUUUUAUUUCCUUAAGAACGUUGCCCAAAUUAUAACUGAUGAACUUUUAAACCAUCUCUCCAAACUGAGGGAUUUUGCAUUAAAUUUAUUGUGUUACAAAAUAUUAUUUGAGUAGCCAGAUCCCACAAGCAUAAUUUGAAAAAUAAUCUUACGUAACAACAGAAAAUAGCUUUUGAGGAGCUAUCAAACAUAUUAACUCUGUCAGUAGAACUACUAGACCGAGGCACAGCUUCCACUAAAAAUCUACAGUGCAGUGUCUGAAACCUUUACUUAAAAGUGCUGCAAAAAUGUAUCAUUCAACACUCACUUUAGGGUUUCUAGCAGUUCUCUGAGUGUUAAAGCACUGCUUUUAUUAUUUUGUUGUUGUUCCAAGCGCACGUAGAAAUCCCAGCAGGAGUCAGAGCCAAACCAACACACGCAGAAGACAUUCCCCACUAUAAAAGAGAAGAUGCAGAGCAGUGGAUGUGUCUGCAUGCCGCUCUUUGUCCUGUUUCUCAAUCCUGUUUCUAGUAUUUCAGGAGGCCUUGUCUAAUCUGAGUUUGAAUAUGCAGCAGGGCAGAACUUGGCAGUCACAUUUGGGUAAAAAGAAGGCUCGUAUUACAAUAAAGGUUUGUAAUUCCUUUUUAUGAAUUCUGGAAAUUACUUCCUGUGUUUCUGUGAAAGAGCACUCUCUAAAAUGCUGUAGUAACAUCAAGUGUAUUUUUCCUUAAAUGGUGAAACUUUUAAGAGAGCAAGGGUUCCUAACAAUACCAGACCCUUCAAACCCAACUAAGAGCUCAGAACCUUGGAACUCAUGCUAGAGGUUCAUGUAGAUUGUUAAAGUAAUGUAAAAAAUACAUAAAAAUUCAGAUCGUGUGGUUUCAUCAUAACCUUAUUGUAAAAAUGACCAUUUCAUAACAUGUUAAAAGGGUAGGCUGCUGCAACAAGAAAUCUAAAGAAACAGUGAAGAAAGGCUGGUUUUCUUUCUGUUCCCUUUUUGCUAAAAGCUAAAUAUUCAUUAAUAUUUUAAUUAAGCCCUCAAAAGCCAGAUAAAACAGCAAGCCAGCAAAUAGGGUAAGUGUCCAAGAAGAAAAGACCAUCCAGGGUGGAGUUAAUGCAACAAAAAAAUAACCAGAGUAUUGCUUAAAGUCUUUUCUCUGAUCUCUUUGCACCCAAAUCAUUUGCUGGAUGCUUGUUACCUCCCCUUUCUGAUUUACUAUUUAUUUUUCCACGGCCACAUAUGGAAUUAACUCAACCAAGCCAAACGUUUUUUGUGUCAAGAAAGAAUCAUUUGGCUUUUGGCCACACUUACAGUAUUAGCUGCAGUUCUCUGAGUUUCUGUUUCAUUAAAAUACCUUUACACAUGCCCAGGGCUGGUAUUUUAAAGGUCUAGCAGGUUCUCUACUAAAAUCAGAGACAUGUUUUAAUACCAACGUUAUAAGCAGAAUCUAAGUAGGAACGAAGUAUUUUCUCCUCCAGCAAAUCUCUCAAGCCCUCAUUUGUUUUGCUUUGUUGUGUUUCCUGUGAAGGCCUGGAUAUUGCAAGCACUGAUGUUGCAAGGUGGAAAAAGUAAUAAACAACUCUUGUUCCCUUUUCA